CCAUCUUGGCUGUUGCAUCGCGAUAAUAAAUCCAUUUGAGUAAAGUAAUCAACAGGCUAUCUGCCCGUGUUAAGUAGGGAGGGAUGGUUAGGAAACGAGAUGUAAUGCAUGCCCCUCCGUUUCUUCUUCUUCUAAUAGUUGUCAUGAAACGAGGAAGGGACAUAGCGUCCUUUUUAGCCCCAGGAAACCAAAAAGGGAGAGAAACAAAUGAAGGUGUUGAGGAGCAGGAAGAGGGAGAGCCAGAGGAGUCUGGGGAGGUUGGAGAGAGGACAUGUGAUGAAAGGGAGGGCUCUGACACAGAAAGGGAGAUUCAGAGGGGGAGGAGGAUGAAGAAGAGGGUGAGGAGGAAGAAAACCUACAGGGACAGAGAGAGGAACAGCAAGUGGAUCCAUGUGGAUCAAGUACUGCACCAUCAGAAUCCAGAGUGAGUCCAGCAGCCCCAGUGGACAUCUGCUGGAUUUCAGGACAAGAGAGGAAUGGAGGAGGACAACCAGAACCAGGAGCAGCGGAGCAACAAGGUCCCCAGAAGACAAGCAGCAGACUGGGACUCUGAUACCAGCCAUGUUCAGGAGACAGCAGACGUCAAGCUGGAGACUGGAGCAGGAAAGAAGGGUAAGAAGGCAGAGGAGGAGGAGCAGCCUGCAGCACCUCCUGCUGAUGCAGCAGCAGUGAAGGCGGAGGAAGAGGAGGAGUAUGUGGUGGAGAAGGUUUUGGAUCGCAGAGUGGUGAACGGAAGAGUAGAGUUUCUGCUGAAAUGGAAAGGGUUUUCAGAUGAGGAUAACACAUGGGAGCCACAAGACAACCUGGACUGCCCCGACCUUAUCACCGAGUACAUGCAGAAACACGAGGAGGAGGAGGAGGAGGAGGAGAAGGGGGGCAAGAGGAAAGUUGUCAGUGAGGCCUCUGGAGACUCAGAGGAGCGAGGGAGGAAGAGGAAGAAGGUGAAGAAACGGAGAGGAGGAGCGGGACCCAAACGUGACCACUGUCAACACUGUGACAAAUCCUUCACAACAUCUGGAUAUUUAAAGAUUCAUCAGAGAGUUCACACUGGAGACGAUCUACACAGCUGUGAUCAAUGUGGGGCAGCUUUCACACGACAGAGUUGCCUAAAAUCACAUCAACGCAUUCACACUGGAGAAAAGCCUUACAGCUGUGAUCUAUGUGGUAAAACCUUUUCUCAGAGUGGUAACCUUAAAUCUCACCAGCAUAUUCACACUGGAGAGAAGCCUUACAGCUGUGAUCUAUGUGGUAAAUCCUUUACUCGUAGUAGUGACCUUAAAAAACACAAGCGCGUUCACACAGGAGAAAAGCCGUACUGGUGUGAACAAUGUGGGGAAACUUUUUCUGAGAGUGGGGCCCUUAAAAGACAUCAACGCAUUCACACUGGAGAGAAGCCGUACAGCUGUGAUCUAUGUGAUAAAACCUUUUCUCAGAGCAGUAGCCUUAAAUCUCACCAGCGCGUUCACACUGGAGAAAAGCCGUACUGGUGUGAUCAAUGUGGUAAAACUUUUUCUCAAGGCACUGGCCUUAAAUCUCACCAGCGUGUUCACACUGGAGAAAAGCAGUACUGGUGUGAACAGUUUGGGGAAACUUUUUCUGUGAGUGGUACCCUUAAAACACAUCAACGCAUUCACACUGGAGAUAAACCUCACAGCUGUGACCAUUGUGGUAAAACCUUUUCUAGGAUUGAUAAUUUAAAAAAUCACCGACGUGUUCACACUGGAGAGAAGCCGUACUGGUGUGAACAAUGUGGGGAAACAUUUUCUCUGAGUGGUAACCUUAAAACACAUCAACGCAUUCACACUGGAGACAAACCUCACAGUUGUGAUCUAUGUGGGAAAACCUUUUCUAGGUUUGAUAAUUUAAAAAAUCACCGACAUAUUCACACUGGAGAGAAGCCGCACAGCUGUGAUCUAUGUGGUAAAACCUUUUCUCAGAGCAAUAACCUCAAAAGACACCAGCGCAUUCACACUGCCUCGUUGUGAACAUGUUUCAGAGCCAAGCUGUUUCCUCAAUCCAAU